AUGGGACGCAACUUGCGCUUUUGCAGAGUUGCCACUGACGGAACAAGGAUCCUCAAGGUGUUCGAUGCCACGUCGUGUGCAGUUGAGCUGUCCAAGUUCGAGGCCGGGAUACUAGGUGGAUCUAGCGGAAGCGGGAUGGGAGCGGAAGCGCAAAGGAAGCUAUUUGCCUUGCUCGCCGUACUCGCCUUGUCCACGGUGUCCCCAGUAGCAGAAGCAGGGAAACUUGGCUACGGCGGCGCUGGUUACGGAGGCCUAGGAUACGGUGGCCUAGGAUACGGUGGCGGCCUAGGUGGCGGCCUAGGUGGUGGCUUGGGCGGUGUCGGCGGCGGUGUAGGCGGUGUAGGCGUCGGCAGCAGUGUUGCUCUUCUUAGCGGCGGGCCUGCCUUUGCCAAGGCAGUGGCCGGGCCAGCGUUCAUCGUGAGGACGGUUCACCACGUCAACAAAGUCAGCGGUGGAGGAGCUCUUGUUGCCCACUCUGGUCUCGGAAGCGGAUACGGCGGCGGCUACGGAGGCUACGGAGGUGGUUAUGGUGGAUACGGCGGCGGCUAUGGAGGCUAUGGAGGAUACGGAAGUUACGGAGGCUAUGGAGGUUACGGAGGCUACGGAGGUGGCUAUGGUGGCUACAAAGGUGGUUACAAAGGCUAA